AUGAAACUGUUGGAAGUUUGCAGAGUCUCUCCGCUCUUUGACUCCCCAAACACAGCCACUGAGUUCUCACUCCCACUCACUCUCUUUGACCUCUUUUUCUUCAAAUCCACACCAAUUGAGUAUCUUUCCUUCUACUCACAUACUCACUUAGACGACCAUCUUUACUUUGACUCAAUCCUCUCCAAACUCAAGCACUCACUCUCCCUCACUCUCCCACACUUUCUCCCACUUGUUGGGAAACUAAUAUGGCCUCCUAAUUCUCAAAAACCCAUAAUCCAUUACACUCCCGGUGAUUCCAUUUCACUCACUAUAGCUGAAUCUGAUGCCAAUUUUGACAAUCUAUCUGGACACCACGUAACUGAAGCUAGAGACUUUUGUCCUCUCGUACCCCACUUGGAAACAUCAGACUCAGAAGCUUCAAUUUUGACAUUGCAAGUCACUCUCUUUCCAAACAAAGGGUUUUGCCUUGGCAUUGUUGCAGACCAUGCGGUUCUUGAUGGGAAAGCCAUGUCAUUGUUCUUGGACUCAUGGGUUUAUAUAAGCAAACUCGAAAAACUGAUCACCAAGAACAACGCAACUUUAUUACCAGAACUAACACCAUUCUUUGACAGAACCGUUGUCAAAUACCCAGCUACACUCGACUCGAUGUUCUCAAACCGUUUGUUAGCAAUGAAUAGCCGUCGAAGCCUGAAGUCAUUCGAUUUUGAGGUUCCAGCAGACAUUGUUCGAGCCACAUUCGAGUUAAGCCGUACAGAUAUAGAAAAAAUCAGGAAAAGGGUUUUGUCAUGGGGUGAUAAGAAUGGUGAAACUAAAACAAACACAUCGGAACCACUCCAUUUAUCAACCUUUGUCCUCACAUUUGCAUAUACAGUGGUUUGUGUGGCAAAAGCCAAAGAAGUAGAAAGUAACAAAAUGAUCUACCUAUAUAUCAUAGCUAAUUUCCGGUCUCGUUUAGACCCUCCGAUUCCAGCCAAUUAUUUUGGUAAUUGUGUUGGAGUAGGUGGUAUAGGUGCCGAAGCAAGAGAGUUAAUGGAGGAAUCUGGGCUGGCCAUUGCUGCUUAUAGGAUCAUUGAUGGCAUCAAAAAGAUGAAGGGAUUUCUUAAUGAAGCAGAUAAAUUGAUUGAAAUGGUGACGAGAGAGAAGGAAGUUGAAGGAACCCAAACCCAACCGGAAGUGAUUUCGGUUGCCUGGUCAAACAAAUUCAGGGAUUAUGAGAGGGAUUUUGGGUGGGGAAGACCUAAGAAAGUGGAGCUCACGAACAUACACAGAACUAAAGCAACUUCUAUGGUGGAUAACAAAAAUGGGAAUGGAGGAGUUGAAGUUGGUAUGGUCUUAAAGAAGCAUGAAAUGGACCGAUUUGCUUCUCUCUUUGUUACUGGCUUACAGAGCCUUUAA